AUUGAUCAAAUGGGCCACCGGCUUUACUGGUUCGACCCGACAAUCCGCCUCGUAAAUCACCAGAUCUUGCCAGUGCAAACCCUAACCUGAAACCCAGCGGGCGAUAGCGGAAGGCGGAGACUCUGUUUUCGUAGCAAAUCGCCAUGGAAUACUCAUCUCGAAGAAGUCAGGGAGGCCUCUUCGAAGGUCUCUACAGAGUUAUCAUGCGUCGUAACUCCGUCUAUAUUACAUUCAUCGUCGCUGGCGCUUUCCUGGGAGAGCGGGUUUGGUUCUCGUGUUUUUCAUUGGAUCAUUCUCAGCAGUUCUGCUACAUCCUUCAUUUUUCUAUUCUCUUGUGUUUUGUUGACCAGAAAAGUGAACAUUUUCAAUCUUAAGAGUGAUCGAUUUCAAAAUCUCUAAUAUUUUAAUUUUUGUAAAAGGAUAUUCAUGUUUUCCGAGCUUGGAUGAUUCAGCUAAAAUUUAAUUGCAGCAGUUUAUAUCUCAGUUGAAUUAUGGUGAAAAUGAGGAUUCUUGUUGUAAUUGAUUUGCUGGUUGCAUUGCAGGCUGUGGAUUAUGGAGUUAAGAAGCUGUGGGAAUACAACAAUGUUGGGAAACGAUACGAAGACAUUCCUGUUCUGGGACAGAGGCAAUCAGAAGAAUGAAAGCUGUGAUGUCCAAACUUAUUUUGAAGUUACUAUUAUAAUUGGCCCGAGCAUAUAUCUAUUAUAGGUAGCAAUGCUUAUUAUUGCAAAUUUGCAAUAAUUGUUGCUUGUUUCGCUGCAACGAACUUGUUUCUGAAACUGUGAAUCAAUUUAAUUUUCUUUUGAAGCAGUAAAUAGCCAGCAUUUUGGAUGGCGGCUUUUUGGUUCUCUGCUCUUGUUGUUGCAAUACUUGUUACAGACUUAUGGUAAUAUGAUAAUAAUUGAACCAUCAAACC